AUGUCUUCUCCACUAUUAGCAACAAGAUGCGCCCUCAAAUCGCACCCGGUUAUUACCUUGAACGUCCAACUCGCCUUAAUCCGACCAUUCUCAACAUCCCCUUCCAAACAAAUCCGCCUCUUUUCCCCCGAAACCGAAACGAAAAAGACCUUCCUUUCACACGAAGCGGAAACGAAAAAGAUCAAAACGACACCUGCUGCGUGGCCGCAUCCAAUAUACACCGAGGAGCAGUUGAAAAGAGUACAGAUCGCUCACCGAGAACCACGCACUCUCAGCGACAAGGUCGCUCUGACCACAAUCCGUCUUUUGCGCUGGGGGUUUGAUCUUGCGUCUGGCUACCGACACGAUGCGGCUGUCGCUCUUCACGCAAAGGACCCAGCUAAAGCAACUCAGAAGUAUGCCAUGACCGAAGAGAAGUAUCUUACCCGGAAUAUAUUUCUGGAGAGUAUUGCGGGAGUACCCGGGAUGGUCGGUGGGAUGCUGAGGCAUCUUCGCAGUCUUCGAAAGAUGAAACGAGAUAAUGGCUGGAUAGAAACACUCCUGGAAGAAUCCUACAACGAACGCAUGCAUCUCUUCACAUUCCUCCAGAUGGCCGAACCAGGUCCCUUCCUCCGCAUUUCCGUCCUCGGGGCCCAAGGUGUCUUUUUCAGCGCCUUCCUCAUUGCAUAUGUGAUCAGCCCGCAGACCUGUCACCGCUUCGUCGGAUACCUCGAGGAGGAAGCCGUUAUAACGUACACACGAGAAAUCGCCGACAUAGAAGCGGGUAAACUGCCUAGAUGGGAGGACAUGGAGGCCCCUGAGAUCGCGGUCAAGUACUGGAAUAUGCCUGAGGGAAACCGCAAAAUGCGAGACCUGCUGUUGUAUAUCAGGGCGGACGAAGCGAAACACCGCGAGGUAAAUCAUACACUGGGCAAUCUGGAGUGGAAGAAGGAUCCAAACCCGUUUGUCAGUGUGUAUAAAGACGCCGAUAAGCCUCACCCGACAAAGGGAAUCGAGAACCUUCGUCAGACGGGGUGGGAGAGGAAGGAUGUAUUGUAG